AUGAAGCUAGAAAGCUUGCUCAGAGACAAAAAUUGGAAGGAUUUAAAGAAAAUUCGCCAAAAGUGGAUUAAAUGCUGACUCCCCACCCAUCAUGGAGGGGGUUAAAAAAUUUAUAUAUGGAAUUUUAAAGAAUAAUUUUUUUUGAAUUUUAAAAAAUCCACUUUUUGAAAAUUGGAAGGCAAAUAUUAAUUAAUUUUAAUUUGAAAUUUAUGUUUUAAAAUGCAAUAUGUUUAAAAUUAAAACAGAGUUAGCUAUAUAUUUCAUGAUAAUAGUUAUCACUUAUAUGCCAAAAUUUUUUUCCAUUAAAAAUUUUUUCUAUUAAAAUAUUUUUGUUCGCUCACGGAGGGUGGGUUUUUGGGCAAAAAAUAGGGAUUUUUCUAAUGGUUUUGUUCGCACACCGAGGAGGGAGUGAGGAAACUUUAAUGGAUCGCACAAGAGUUCAUUUUGAAAGAUGGAAAUACAGAAAAGAAAUAGAGCCUGUUGAGAAAAAAAUUGAGUUAAGAAUUGUAAAGUUCAAGAAAAAGAUAAAAUGCUGUAG